GCGAAAAAAAUUGAAAUUUGAGUUUAUUUUGACUGUGUUUUCUAUUUUGCACCCUGUUUUACUCGGAAAGAUGUCAGAAUUAGAGAUUUGUCGGUUUGCAUAUGAAGGCAACUUUUCGAAAUUAAAAGAAAAAGUUGACUCCGAUAAAUCUUAUUUAACUACGAAAGAUGGGUCUGGUCGCAUUCCACUUCAUUGGGCUGCAUCUGGUAGUCAAACAAAUAUAGUCAAUUAUCUUCUGCAGCAAGGUUCACCUGUGGAUGAAGCAGAUGAUUCUAACUGGACGCCCCUGAUGAUUGCUUCAUCUGUUGGACGCGCUGAUAUAGUUUCGGCUUUGAUUAGCAGAGGAGCUGAUGUGAAUACAUUAAACCAGACUGGGCAAUCAGCACUACAUUAUGCAGCUUCAAAAAAUAGAGAUAAUGUUGUAAGACUUUUAUUAGAAAAUCGUGCCAACAUAAAUGCUGCUGAUCAUAUGGGAAGUACACCGCUUCAUCGAGCAGCAUCUAAAGGCAAUAUUAAAAUUCUAAAAAUUUUUAUUGAAGAUUAUGGCAAUCAAUUAGAUUUAAAUUCCAAAGACUGUGUUGGAAACUCUCCUUUGCAUUUGGCUUGUGAAGAAGAAAGAAUAGAAGCUGUUAAAAUGCUUGUUGAUGCUGGUGCAAAUCCAGAAACAUUAAAUAAGGAAAAGAAAAGCCCUGUGGAAAUGGCACCAUCACAGAUACGUUUAACGUUAAAAAAAAUUUUUGAUGCUGCAAUGUAUCCUUAAAGAUAUGUUUCAAACAUAGUUCAUUUUUAUCAUGUGUAAUAAUUGCUACAAGUAAUUUGUUCAAUGUCAGAAAAGAACUUUGCAACUGAUUGAUUCUACACAAAUCUGAACAUUUUAAGGGUGCUUUUUUAAGUAAAUAAAUUUUAUAAUCUGAACUUAGUACUGUCAAAAUUAUU